UACCUCACAGUAUCAUUCUCGUAGCCGCCGAUUACGGCUGGCACUGUUUAUCAUGGUUGCCCUAAAUGGUUACAUUGUAGCUGCAUUAGCGCUAUUCGCUGCGUCACUGACGGAAGCGGCAGCUGUUCCUCGUUCUGCUCCAUGGUCAUCAUCGUUAUCGACAAAGGUGCUGAUCAAACGAGGUACAAAGCAAGAACAGGUUAUUGAAAAACCCAACUUUUACGCUCUGAGUGGAGGCCCAGGAUCCGUCAAGUACGCUGUCCCCCCUCCUCCAGUGGAAGAACCCCGCCCACAUACGAACCAACGUGCCGAAUUCCAACACGCGUCCGUCGCCCAGCCGAUUGAGUGGCAUGCGGACCGAACCCCAUCGGCCCUAUACGGCUCCUCACAUGAACCUGCACGGCAUGAAACACAAGAGGUUGUUGGAGGUGGAUUGAGGGGCGGGUAUGGUCAUAGUGACCGGUGCAUACGUGCCCUAUUACCCACCGGAACGUCCUUGGAUGCACCAUCAGUAUGGUGGACAUCAGAAUUUGGUUGUGACCGUACGGCCGAUCAUGUUACAGUCUGGCGGAAAAGUAUCUAGCUGCAGGCCUGUUGCGGCGUCUGGAUUGGGUUAUGCAACUGGAUAUGGAAUUGGUGGAAACACUCGAUCGAUGGCGUCCCAAGCGGGAUAUGCCAUUGGUGGGAAGACAAAUUGAGGGAAGGAUUAGGAUGUCGCCAAUUGUAUCGAGGAGGCUGGCAUGAGAGGCCGUAGGUUAUGGAGAAUUGAUGGCGGGAUUAUCGUGUGGAAAAUCCCAGUAAAUAGGCAUUUUUUGUGUGUUUGUAUAUCAUUUGGCGCAAUACCUGAGAGUUUUAUUGGCACGUUGCGUUACUCUCCGCCUCGUGAGCUGUGUGGACUCUCACAAUGAGUUUUAUUCUCCCUAACACUACAGCUGUGUUUCGCUGUUAAAUACACAAAAGUAUUUUGGAUCCUGCUAUAAACAAACGAGU